GACGCAGACCGUCUUAGGGUUAUCAUUGCGGUCAUGGCUGGUCGAGCGCCAUCGGGUAAAUGGCCCGGAAGCCGCCUGAAGCCCGUGGCUGACUCCCUGGAGUCUGUGGGAUUUGUAUCUAAGGGAGAUCGCAAGCUACUGGAUCACAAGACUCAGAGGGAUUACUAUGAUAAGAUUGUGGCUAGAUAUAUCGAGUUUUGCGCACGGCAUUCGAAGGACUUGGAUGCAGCGUGGGCUUCCCUUCCCAAAAGCGCUUCUGACGACGCAACGAAGAAUCCACCGGCUUCGCUUUCACGACCAACCAAAUCAACUGGGCCAUCGCCAGCCACAGAGCUGUCUACUCUACUCCUUUCUCUUCGCAAGCUUCGAGAAGCUGUAUUAGCCACAGCCUCAACCAUCCCACUCACUUUCUCCCAACGAGUCCAUGUGUUCUCCGUCAAAGUUGCGAUUCAAGCCCAGCAUCCGCCGUCCUACUUUCCUUCCCUUCGUUACCUUCUUGAGUACCUCCACACUCCUUCUAACCCACUUCCUGAAUCUGAGCUAAAGGACCACGUCUCCUACCUGAUCCUCGAUUACGCAUGUCGGCAAGGAAACUUCGUAGCGGCUUUCGAGCUGCGCGCCCAGGCCCGCACAAAAUACAACUUUCAAUCACGGGAAGUUGACCAAAUUCUCGAGGCUCUUGCGCACGAUAAUUGGGUUGUAUUCUGGAAGCUUCGGAAACAAGUAGACUCCUCAGUGCGCUCCGUGAUGAACUGGGCGGAAGACCGGGUGCGAAGACAUGCCCUCAAAGCAGUUGGCAAGGCUUAUCUCAGCGUUGACAGCGCAUGGAUCGUCGAAGGCUGUACUGGGGACAAAACCUGGACGUGGGAGAAACUGGUCGAGAUGGAAAACCUGGGAUGGCAAAAGGAGGGCGACAGGAUUAUAAUCCGAAAACCGAAGCCCAAACCGACCCUCGAUCAAAGUCUCACGACGAUUCAAGAAAACACGUAAAAGUGAUCCCCCCCCGAAUUGUUCUCUACAUUACACACAGGCAUCUCGGAGCAUUUGGAAGCAAGGCGUUGGGGUCAUGGCGUUUAUUGAUAUGAAUUCGUCGGUGCAUAAGGCAUAUUCAUAGAUCGUUAUCGCAUUACACAUAAUUAAUCACAACUUGAAAUCCGCGUUUGGUCGAUCCAGGUUGAUCUGUCCGGUGAUUGGCUGUUUGGCAACCGCUUCUACGAGGCCGUUUUUCAGUUGAACCGAC